CUCCUAGAGGAUUCCGGCCGUGUGCGCGCUCUGGUCCUGAUCAUAUCAUCAUCGAUCUCUGCCCUCCGCCGAGCCUGAAGCUCUGGACGAUAUGUCGGAUACGGCCGCCACCAGCGUCGACGAUAACCGCCACGGCGGCAGCGGCGCAGAUGCACCGCCGGCGGCGAAGGGCGGGGCGACCAUAUCCAUCACCAUCGUCCUCCUCGUGCUGCUCGUGGCCUCCGUCGCGGCGUUCCUGAUGUCGCCGCCGCCGGGCGGCAAGCCACCGGCACCGAUGGAAGGACCUGGCAGCCGCUCCGGCUCCGAGCCGGUGGAGCACGCCGUCGGCCAUGGCACCCCCGGGUUCAACAGCCGGCUGGACGCGUUCCGCGCGUGGGCGAAGCUGACGUGGAUGAAGCUCCAGCGGCUGCGCUCCGACGAGCCUCGGUAUGACGGCGGUGGAAUCGCCGGCUCAGCGGCGGAGGCGGCCAAGAAGAGCCUGGAGAUGGGCAAAGAGACGGCGGAGCAGGCCGGGGCAGCCGUGGCAGGUGCGGCGGAGGAUGCCGUGGGGAUGGCCAAGGACACGGCCAAGGCCUGAAGGGAGCGACCCGCGCCAUCCUCCGAUGCAGAGCGUGCUGCCGUGUACUAGUAUUGUAUUCUACGUUGUGCUCUUGUGUAGAUACUCUACUGUAGCUGUAUGUAUGUACUCGUGCAUAACUGUAUGGUUGGUCAGUUCUUCGCUGCCCGAGUACCAUCA